AUGGCUGGUGAAUAUAAUGUGACAUAUAUAACUCUUGAUGGGCAUGUGGAAGUGCAGAGAUAUAGAUAUCUGUACUUUGUGAUCAUGUUUACAGUUUACGUUUUUAUCAUCUGCAGUAAUUCCACUAUUGUGUGCAUCAUUGUUAUUCACAAAAGCCUCCAUGAGCCUAUGUACAUAUUCAUUGCAGCUUUGUUGAUUAACUCUGUUCUUUAUAGCACUAACAUCUACCCAAAGCUUCUGAUUGACUUUGUAUCAGAGAAACAGAUCAUAUCUUAUCAAGCUUGUCUCUUUCAAACUGUGAUUUAUAUCACUCUGUCCUAUUCAGAGUUUUUACUGCUGGCAGCCAUGGCCUAUGACAGAUAUGUGUCUAUAUGUAAACCUCUGCAAUAUCCAACCAUCAUGAGAAAAAGAACUGUCAUUGUCUUUCUGGUUUUGUCUUGGCUUCUGCCGACUUGUGUGAGUGCAGUGGGAAUUGUUCUUUUUUCUAAUAGCAAACUCUGCAGUUUUACUGUUCAGGGGAUUUUUUGUAACAAUUCAAUUUACAAUCUUCAGUGUGUGAGCUCAAGCGCUCUCUCUGUAUAUGGAGCGUUCGUGUUGAUAAAUAUGUCACUUCUGCCUCUUAUCUUCAUACUUUUUACAUACACCAGGAUACUUAUAAUAUCAUAUAAAAAUGGUAGAGAAUACAGGAGAAAAGCUGCACAGACCUGUUUACCCCACCUGUUGGUUUUAAUCAGCUUUUCCAGUUUUUUUGCUUUUGAUGGCAUCAUAGUUCGUCUUGGAUUUAAUAUUCCUGUAACUACACGUUUGAUAUUGACUUUGCAAGUAAUUUCUUAUAACCCCCUUUUCAACCCAAUCAUAUACGGACUAAAAAUGAAAAAGAUACUUCACCAUCUCAAGAUGUUGAAGUGUCGGAUUAAAUCCAAAUAA